AUGCCCGCCGACGACCCAUCAGAGCGUCGAACAUUGACGUGCGAUCACGUGUGCCCGAGCACGAGCGCCAACGUCGCCACGAAACUCCUCGAGGCGAUCGCUCGAGCGACGGUGUAUCAAACCAACUUUCUAUCGACGAGCGCUUCGAAGAGCGAAAAGGCGUCGUCGUGCGCGCGCGAGCUCGAGCGCGCGCUCUUGGACGGAGAGGGGAAGACAUUGAAAGAUCUGCUCGACGCGAUUAAUAAUUGGACGGCGUCCAAGCGCGGGUUCAUGAGCGAGGUGCUUGGCUCAAGUGACGAAAAUGUGCGAGCGAUGGAGAAAGAGUUGGAUUUAGUAGACGUAUGGCCGGAUUCGAAGAGGCACGCGCUGGCGGUGAGGUUGGUGCGUGAUCACUUCGAUGUCAAUCACCAGGCGCACUGUUCGACGUCAUUCGACGACGAGGAGGGGUUGUACGCACACAAACUCAAGGACUGCUCGUUUCGACCGAUGUCGUGCGAGAACGAAGGAUGCGUGGCGACGUACAGCCUGAAGAACCAGGAGAAGCAUGACAGUAUGUGCUCUUUUAAAGUCAUAGAUUGCAGUCUAGGAUGCGGGGCGCGGGUGAUGCGCCAGGACAUGGAGGCACACACGACUGGACCGUGCGAGAUGCGCCCUGUUUCGUGUCCGUAUGCCCUGAUUGGAUGCGAUGGUCCGGUUCCCCAGCGAACGAUGCCGAACCAUCUCGUCGAGAACGCGGAUAACCACUUGCGUAUGCUAUACGAAGCGAGCGCGAAGAUGUCUAUUCGCGUCGAGGAGCUAGAGACGUGGGCAAACGACUUAGUCGCCAAUGACAACACUCGCCGCGAGGGCAUCCGCGCCAUCGACACCGCCCUUCUCGCGCUGGAGACAAAGCACUUAGAGCUUGACACCAACACGACCAAGCACACGGCCAAGCUCGAGGCUCGAGUGCGAGAACUGGAAUCCACGGUGAAGAAGCAAGCCGUCGAGCUUGUCUCGGUGCGCAAGCAACUCGCUGACAUCGUCAAAACGGUAAGUCAACUCUCCAAACAUUAG